AUGAUUUUAACUUCGAAUUCCGAGCCAUCUUUAGAGAAAUCAAGCGUAAGAAGUUUGGACUGUGAGGACAAUUGUUUGAAUGGCAUUAAAUGGCCGCCAGACCAUCACACAAAGAAUACGGGCGACCGUAGAAGAGAGUUCACUUUCAAAGGUUUAGGGCUUAAUCCUCCUUUGGUCACUCAUGGUGGAAGGACUCUAAAAACACCCGCUCGUUAUUUAGAGUCGGAUUCGGACGAUGCGAGCACGAAGAGGAAGUUCCAUUCGUCGAAGAAAAGAAAGCGUCUAUUAUCAGAUUCUUCGCGUCGUAAGAGCACGACAUUGUGUAAGAAUGGUAGAACAAAAUCUUUGGAUAGAGACUCUUGUGAUUUUUUAAAGAAUCAUAAAACGAAAGGAAGUGUAAUGUCGCCAAAAAGGAAAAAUGGAGACAGGACAGAUUUCGAGUGUGAAAUCGGAAUUGACCUUGCUUCGACGUCUGGCGUGGCUGCUUUUUGUCAACAUAUUCCAAUAACUCUCGCCGUCAACCAAGUGAAUCUGUUUGCGUGAAUGGAACGCUGAAUGAUCUUGAAUUAGAUUCGAGACUUCAAACUCUGACGAAAUACCUCCGAAAAAGUCACGGAGAGGAAGGCCUCCUAAAAAUCUUGCACUGUUGACGAAGUUUCAUUCAGUUGACAGUCCUUCGCCACAUGGCAAUUGUGCUACAAGUGCCACGAAAGCAUCUCUCGCGUCACCUUCAACUUCAAAAUUUUGGAAGAAAAGAAAACUGUCGAAAGGUAUACGCAAGUUGCAAAAUAACUGCCUUUCGUCGAGCAGCGAUGAUUGUGAGUUGGCGCCAUCAACUCCCAGGAGAAGAGGUCGGCCACCGAAGAAAUUGUUAGAAAGUUGCGAAACAAAACACGAGAUAGUCAGGACACAAAAUGGCGUUAAAAAACCUUGGGUGCGGCCUAUUUUGAAAGCUACCGGUAAACGCUCGUUGUUGAAGCCUUCUAAGAAUUCACUGGAGUGUUUAUUACAGUCACCGGAAAAAGACAUGACGAAGGUUAAGUCAAAGUUUGUUAAGGUGAACGGUUGUGGCAUUCUAUCUUCCGGAAAGGAGGUGAAGCGAAAACGUGGCCGUCCACCGAAGCCGAAACCUGAACAAUUUAUUGACGAACACAGGAUUGAAGGAGACGCAUUUCGCUUUACGGACGAGGACGAGGAAAAGGCCAGAGGGCCUAUGUUGAAACGUAAGUUAAAGAAAUUAAAGUUACAACGAAAGGGAGAUAAGAAUCCUCUUGCAGCUACUGCAUUGAAGAAGAAAGCUGUGACUCACAAGCUGAAACGUAAAGCUGUGAAUAAUGUUAAGAAAACUCUACAGAUAAGAAAUCAAGGUGAUACAACUGACAAUGAAUUUGACCUGGUGGAGGAAACUGAGCAAACCUCUGAUGUUCCUCUCAAACGUCGAAGGAGAAACAAAGCUGAUAGAAUUCUUGGAAUGAGGAGAAAUUUAUCAGGGACUUAUGAGUAUUUAGUUCAAUGGAAGGAUGGUACAAGCUCUUGGGCACCUUCAAAUGAGUUAGUUGAUUAUGAGCUUGACUUCAAGUGUUUCCUUGGCCAUGAGUGCCAGGAAGCGACUGUUUUAAGCAGGCUCGCAUACAAAGCUUAUUGGAAGGAUGAUUUAAUUCAGCUUCAUCAGAACCAGUCUGAAAUUGACAGAUUGGCAUCCGCUGAGGAUGUGCAUUUUCAAUUAUUGCGAGAUGAUGCUGGCAAUGAAGACACUUGUGCAUCUAUUGAGGAAUUGCCAUCUUGUGAAAAACAGUCUAUUUGUAAAGAGGUGUCAGUUCAGAGAUUGGAUGAUUAUCUACAUGUAACGAUUAGUCGAUCAUCAAGCAAGCGAAGAAAGAUUAACCAGAGAAUUGUAGACUCUCUCACUCUUGUGCUGGAAGAUGCGGCAACCGAUGAAUCAGAAUUUGUUGUUAUAAGUGGCCUUGGAGAUGACACUUUCUGUGGCAUUGAGUUGAAUGAUCUUAUCGACGUACCUUGUGAGGAGGAACCUCGACGCUAUCGUAAAGAUGUGGAUAAGAUCAGGUAUGCUGUC